AUGCAAACUCCCCGCAGCUUUAACACCAUGCCUCGAGAAAAAAUGGACAACGAGAACUCCAAGAAGCAGUCGGAGGAUAGUAUGAAAGAAGAAGAUGUGGGCGCAAGUUUCAUCCCCGAAGACUCUCUACCAUCCUCGACUGAAACACUAUCGCGGGCUCAAGAACAUCUGAAUGAUCUUUCCAUAGAUUCGUCGAGUCUCAAACAUGUCGACAUGACUCGAAAGUCUUUCGAGCAUGGGUCUUGGGGUUCACCGACUUGCUUUGCAUUUGGAGAAGCUUUUCGCAAAAGGCAAAGUCAAGAUAAGGUGGGCGAGAAAGAGAAGCUUCGCGAAGCAAGAGAAGCUAUACAUGGAUUCAGCGAGCUGCUGAUAGCUCAGAAUAAGACUCCUGGAGAAAUUGACAGUAGCCCCUUAUGCAAGACGUUUACAUUCGAAGGCCAAGCACGAGAUAGCGACGGGUCCCAGGAUCUGGAAGUUGACGCACAGCCCUUUUAUUCAAGAUACAAGGCCGCAGUUUUCGUGGUUCAUCAGACUCACGGUAUGCUCUUUCUGCGGCAACCGAACGACGCAAGCCCAGUGGAAAUACCCGGUGGGUCAAUUGGAGAAAUUGAAAUAUCAAGGGCUGCUUUGAAAAGCUCGCACUAUAAGAUGCAGCUCCAGAUUGCUGCCAGGGAGGCUGCUUGUAGGCAUCUGUACGAACAAACUGGAAUGGACGUAAGAUGUGAUUUAGAUCAGCUGCAACCAGCGGUACUGUAUCUGGAACCUCCUCUCGGUAGCGAUGGAAGUCGACUGCUUCGAAAUGAGCUGAAUGGCGGCUUGUACUACUUUUUUCGAACCUCGGAGUUGGUUGACAUAGCAAAAGUUGCAAAUAAUGGUCGAGCGCUGAAAGAGCCGCUGGAACGAGCUUGCACAACAGCUGAAACAUUCAGCGAAGUGACAGCUUUCAACUCGGUUGUAUUUAUCAACGAGCCAACGAAAGCGUUGGAACUUCUUGAGAGCCACGGAGAUUGCGAUUCAGCUGUGGCGUUGCAAAUGGUGAUUGCAGAGAGUUGUGCUAACCCACAAGCUGAUUUCAACGAUCCCAGAAUCCAUGAAACGGAGAUUCUUGUUCAACGCACCGAAGAAAUCGAGUUACAAUCGAAGCAGGAGAGAAACAAAAGGCGUAGGCAGAAUUUUGCAGGCAUGAAAUUCUUGCGAUCCACAAUGCUUUGCUUUCGAAAAAGAUGA